UUCCCAAAGAAAGGACUAGCUAGGAGCAGCCAUGGACCUGGUCAUCUAAAGAUUUGAUGAAGCGAAAGCUUGGACCGUCGAACCGAUUGGCGAAGCAGAUCGGUCGAAUGGCAAUGAACAGUAGGAAAUCUUCUGGUAUGGUGUCGGAAAACUAGAGAGAAGAGAAGACAACCAUUGCAGAGGAAAGAGGAUCGGAGAGCUGCGAGAACAGUCCCCUGUAAAAACCCAAGAGCAAAGGCAAGAAUAGCCUUUACGGGGGGCAAUUCUCUCACAGUUCUGCUUAGUUUACGCUAAUGGAAGCAUCUUUUCGAGCUUGGAGUUUCGUUGUUUGACAUAAACACAAUAGUUCAUUAGGUGCAUGAUCGCGUCGUUUGUUUUUCAGAUUUGGUUGCAAUGGAAGCGUUGAUUGAGCUCUGCGACUUGAUUGCGCAGAAUCCAGCCCUGUUCUCUGAAAAGUUAUCGUGGAUUUGUAGUCGAUGUCCUCCAUCUGAGGUUUUUCUUGCUGGAUCUCCUGCCAUUUCGCGUUCUCAGCUCAAUGCAGUGCUCGCCGUUGCCCGACUUCUCUCUAAAUGCCCCGACUCGGUCGGUCUGCGCCCCAAAUCUGUCGUCAUCGAGUUUAUUCGCUCAAUUCCUCUGUCAUUCAACUUGUCUUUCUGGCCGCAGUCCUAUGGAAAUGAUGCUAUCGCUUCGUUUUAUGCUGAAUUCAUGAAUUACACGUCGAAAGCCUGCGAAUUAUCCACAGAAUUUGCCACGGAGAUUUCGGGAUUCACGAGUGAGGUUGUAUUGUCUGCAAUUGACGAUUGCAGCGAAGGUUCGCCCAUUUCUAGGGCUUUUCUCGUGGCUAUGUCGAAAAGUUUUAUCCCAAUUCUCCCUUCGGAUGCAGAUAAGCUGGUUAGUUGCAUUCUUGAUCGUUUUUUGAUAUCAGAAGCUGCCCCUGGAACGCCAAGGGAACAGAUUAGGGCAAACUCUGAGGCCUCGUCGUCUCAGGGUUCGCCAUUGAGUGUAAGUCAUCAUCCGUUGAAUGGAGGUUUAAGUCCUGGAAACGAGAACGGCCAAGUGUCGGGUUCCUUGAGCAGCGGCGGUUCACGUAUCACUGACGACGCUACUAGUGCAUCCUCAAGAGGGUCGGGGAUGAUGAACGGAAGCAGCCUUCUUUGGAAGAGUGGUGUAGACCAAUUGGGUAUGAAUUUAGGAGUCAGUGAGGGUGGGGGUGUAGCUUCUGUUAGGCAACAAGUUACCGUCUUUGAAGACGAGUCUAUCGAGAAUUUGGAGAAGCAGGAGAUUGCCUUCAAAUUGGUGACCCACAUUUUAGAUAAUUCUUCUUUUGAUGCUAGACUUUGGGAGCAGAUGAGAGCACUAUUAAAGAAGCAGCUUCAGACAUUGCCAACUUUUCUAAAGAUUAAGAAGCGGGACUGGAGUGAACAGGGUUCAGUUUUAAAAGCAAGAAUUAAUACUAAACUCUUGGUUUAUCAAGCUGCAGCCAGGUUAAAGAUGAAGGCCGUUGCUUCUCUUGAUUUUGAUGGGAAACCGGCCAAGAAGUUGAUAUUUGAGACUUUUGCAUUAUUGAUGGAUGCUGCCGAAGCCUGUUUACUUUCUGUGUGGAGAAAGUUGAGAAUCUGUGAAGAACUCUUUGGUUCCUUGCUUACUGGACUGGCACAAAUUGCUGUUGCCCGUGGAGGUCAGCCAUUACGCGUGUUGCUCAUCCGUCUUAAACCUCUGGUUUUGACGGUGUGUGCACAGGCUGACACUUGGGGCAGCAGCCAGGGGGCAAUGUUUGAAAGUGUCUUGAAAACAUGUUGUGAGAUAAUUGAAUCUUGUUGGACCAAAGAUCGCGCACCUGUUGACACAUUUAUCAUGGGAUUGGCAACGAGCAUUCGUGACCGAAAUGAUUCUGAGGAGCAGGAUGACAAAGAGAAACAGGCAGUUCCUAUGCAACUUAAUGUCAUUCGUUUGUUAGCUAAGAUGACUGUUGCAGUUAACAAGUCUGAGGUUGUGGACAUGAUAUUGCCCCUUUUCAUUGAGAGUCUAGAAGAGGGUGACGCAUCUACUCCUGGCUUAUUGCGACUUCAACUUCUUGAUGCUGUAUCCCGCAUGGCAAGCCUGGGUUUUGAGAAGUCUUACCGAGAGACAAUAGUUCUGAUGACAAGAAGUUACUUAAGUAAACUUUCUAGCAUAGGAUCUUCUGAAAGCAGAACAUUGGCUCCAGAAGCAAAUACAGAACGGGUCGAGACACUUCCUGCAGGAUUUCUUCUUAUUGCCAGUGGUCUUAAGGGUGCUAAACUACGGUCGGAGUAUCGACAUAGAUUACUCUCUCUAUGUUCAGAUGUUGGCCUGUCUGCCGAAUCUAAGAGUGGCAGAAGUGGAGCAGAUUUUCUGGGACCUCUACUGCCUGCAGUUGCUGAAAUAUGUUCUGAUUUUGAUCCGACAAUGAAUAUAGAGCCAUCCCUUUUGAAGUUAUUUAGAAACUUGUGGUUUUAUAUUGCUCUUUUCGGCUUAGCACCUCCCAUACAAAAAUCUCAACUUCAGACAAAAUCAGUUUCCAGUAUGUUAAACAGUGUGGGAAGCAUGGGUGCAAUUGCUCUGCAAGCUGUGAGUGGACCAUACAUGUGGAAUACACAGUGGUCAUCUGCUGUUCAGUUCAUUGCUCAAGGGACUCCUCCACUUGUUGUAAGUUCAGUUAAGUGGCUAGAGGAUGAGUUGGAACUCAAUGCUCUCCACAAUCCGGGUAGUCGGCAAGGGAGUGGUAAUGAGAAAGCUGCUUUAUCAGUUGCCUAUUACAUAGUUUAUUGUUUGGAUGUAUUUUUUAGUAGAAUGGUAUUUUCAUUCUUGCCAUCUCAAAUUAGUUUAUUUCAUUUUGUAGGUGUCAAGGCUACAUAUCUUCUUGCAGUGUCUUUUCUAGAGAUUAUACGUUUCAGUAGCAAUGGUGGCGUACUUAAUGGUGGCUCAAAUUUAAAUGCUUCUAGGAGUGCCUUCAGUUGUGUUUUUGAGUACCUUAAAACACCAAAUCUUUUGCCUGCUGUUUCCCAAUGUUUGACCGCAAUGGUACACGGGGCAUUUGAAACUGCAGUUUCGUGGCUGGAUGAUCGGAUUUCUGAAACUGGUAAUGAAGCUGAGGUCAGAGAUUCAACUCUAUUUGCUCAUACCUGUUUUCUUAUAAGGAGUAUGUCUCAAAGGGACGAACAUGUUCGAGAUAUUGCAGUUAACUUGCUGACACAACUCAGAGAUAAGUUUCCCCAGGUUAUGUGGAAUUCAUCUUGUUUGGAUUCCCUGCUCUUUUCAAUGCAUAAUGAUGCACCUUCGGCUGUUGUCACUGAUCCUGCUUGGGUUGUAACAGUUCGUUCUUUGUACCAAGGGGUUGUUCGGGAAUGGAUCAUCAAAUCUUUGUCAUAUGCUCCUUGCACUAGCCAAGGUCUCCUUCAGGAAAAACUAUGCAAAGUUAAUACAUGGCAAAGAGCUCAGCAUACACCUGAUGUGAUUUCUCUUUUAUCUGAGAUACGGAUAGGCACUGGCAAAAAUGAUUGCUGGACUGGCAUACAAACAGCGAAUAUUCCUGCUGUCAUGACUGCUGCAGCUGCAGCUUCAGGCGCUGACUUAAAAUUGACAGAAGCCUUUAAUUUGGAGGUGCUCGGAACUGGUAUGGUCAGUGCAACAGUCAAAUGCAACCAUGCUGGGGAAAUUGCUGGUAUGAGAAGGUUGUAUAACAGCAUUGGUGGAUUUCAGACUGGUGUUGCUGCUCCAACUGGUCUUGGGUUUGGUCAGGGCUUUCAGAGGCUGAUAUCUGGAGCAUUUCCCCAAAAACCACAGAACGAGGAUGAUUCAUUUAAUGGGAUUUUAAUUAUGAAAUUUGUGCAGUCACUUCAACAGUUUGUUAGUGGAGCAGAAAAAGGCUGUGGACUUGACAAAUUGAAAUUUCGUGAAACUUGUUCUCAGGCAACUGCAUUACUUCUUUCAAACUUGGCUUCUGAAUCAAAAACAAAUAUAGAGGGCUUUGCACGACUUAUACGCCUUCUUUGUUGGUGUCCGGCCUACAUUUCCACCCCUGAUGCGAUUGAAACUGGUGUAUUUAUUUGGACUUGGUUGGUUUCUGCUGCACCAGAGCUUGGAUCAUUUGUCCUUGCUGAGCUUGUUGAUGCGUGGUUAUGGACAAUUGAUACCAAACGGGGUCUCUUUGCAUCGGAGGUCAAGUAUUCAGGACCUGCUGCCAAGUUAAGGCCUCACUUAUCUCCUGGGGAGCCUGAAGUGCAGCCUGAGAUUGAUCCUGUUGAACAAAUAAUUGCUCAUAGAAUAUGGCUUGGAUUCUUUAUUGACCGCUUUGAGGUAGUUCGACACAACAGUGUUGAGCAAGUCUUGCUCUUUGGUCGUUUGCUUCAGGGGUCCACUAAGCCCCCAUGGAACUUUUCACGUCAUCCUGCAGCAACUGGUUCCUUUUUCACUCUGAUGCUUCUAGGGCUUAAGUUUUGUUCGUGCCAAUCCCAGGGCAACCUGCAAAACUUUAAAACUGGGCUUGAGCUGCUGGAGGACCGGAUAUAUAGAGCAUCUCUAGGAUGGUUUGCUCAUGAGCCAGAGUGGUACGAUGUAAAACAUGUGAACUUUGCUCAAAGUGAGGCUCAAUCUGUGUCCAUAUUUCUUCAUUAUCUUUCAAGUGACCGUGGAAAUGGUCUGCAAUUUGAUGCAAAAACACGUGGGCGUGAAAAUGGUAUUUCUGUGGUUAAUUCGAAAGAUCAAUAUCACCCUGUAUGGGGCCAUUUGGAAAAUUAUGCUGUGGGAAGAGAAAAAAGGAGGCAACUACUUUUGAUGUUAUGCCAGCAUGAGGCUGAUAGACUUGAAGUUUGGGCACAGCCAAAUAUUAAGGAGAGUACACCUUCUCGACCCAAGCUAAGCUCUGAAAAAUGGAUAGAACAUGUUAGGACUGCCUUCUCUGUGGAUCCACGAAUUGCCUUUUCUAUGGUCUCAAGGUUUCCAACAAAUGCGUCCUUAAGAGUUGAAAUGAAUCAACUAGUACAGUUGCACAUAUUGGAUAUUCGUUCCAUUCCUGAAGCAUUGCCUUAUUUCGUCACACCAAAAGCUGUUGAUGAAAAUUCUGAACUUCUAAGACAGUUGCCACAUUGGGCCGCUUGUUCAAUUACACAAGCUCUUGAGUUCCUCACUCCUGCUUAUAAGGGGCAUCCACGUGUUAUGGCAUAUGUUCUUAGGGUUUUGGAAUCCUAUCCUCCUGAAAAGGUUACUUUUUUCAUGCCACAGUUGGUGCAGGCUUUGCGAUAUGAUGAAGGGAGGUUGGUUGAGGGAUAUUUACUUAGAGCAGCUCAAAGGAGUGAUAUAUUUGCCCAUAUACUGAUCUGGCACCUACAGGGUGAGACUUCUGUACCAGAUUCUGGGAAAGACGCCAACUCCGGGAAGAAUGGUUCAUUUCUAGCGUUAUUGCCAGUUGUAAGGCAGCAUAUAAUUGAUGGUUUCACUCCCAAGGCUCUUGACUUAUUUGAAAGAGAGUUCAAUUUCUUUGACAAAGUUACAUCUAUAUCUGGUGUUCUCUUUCCACUUCCCAAGGAUGAACGUCGAGCUGGCAUCAGGAGGGAGUUGGAGAAAAUUGAAAUGGAGGGUGAAGACCUAUAUCUACCAACUGCAACAAACAAGCUUGUCCGUGGGAUUCAAGUAGAUAGUGGAAUACCCUUGCAGUCGGCCGCAAAAGUUCCUAUCAUGAUUACAUUCAAUGUCGUCAAUCGGGAUGGGGACCCAAAUGAUAUAAAACCCCAAGCUUGCAUUUUCAAGGUUGGAGACGAUUGCCGACAAGAUGUUCUUGCUCUGCAAGUGAUAGCACUUCUUAGGGACAUCUUUCAAGCAGUUGGGAUUAAUCUCUAUUUGUUUCCAUAUGGCGUUCUCCCAACUGGACCUGGUAGAGGUAUUAUCGAGGUCGUUCCUAAUACACGAAGCAGAAGUCAGAUGGGUGAAACCACUGAUGGGGGCCUGUAUGAGAUCUUUCAGCAGGACUACGGGCCAGUAGGCUCUCCAAAUUUUGAAGCAGCACGUGAGAACUUUAUCAUCAGUAGUGCAGGUUAUGCCGUGGCCAGCCUGUUACUUCAACCAAAGGAUAGGCACAAUGGCAAUCUUCUAAUCGACAACACUGGAAGGCUCGUCCAUAUCGAUUUUGGUUUCAUACUUGAGACAUCGCCUGGGGGAAAUAUGCGCUUCGAGAGUGCACACUUCAAGCUAAGCCAUGAGAUGACUCAACUUCUUGAUCCCUCUGGGGUUAUGAAGAGUGAAACCUGGAACUUAUUUGUAAGCUUGUGUGUGAAGGGUUACCUUGCUGCCCGCCGUCAUAUGGACGGUAUCAUCAACACCGUAUUAUUAAUGCUGGACAGUGGAUUACCCUGCUUCAGUCGUGGUGAUCCGAUUGGAAAUCUUCGGAAGAGAUUCCAUCCCGAAAUGAGUGAGCGUGAAGCAGCCAAUUUCAUGAUCCGUGUCUGUACCGAUGCAUAUAACAAAUGGACAACUGCAGGCUAUGACUUGAUACAGUACUUGCAACAAGGCAUUGAGAAGUAAGGUAUUUUUUUUUUAACUCGAGACUUUCAAAUGUUAGUUUCCCCCCCUUCGUUACUCUUCCUCCUAUUUUUUGAGUGAUUUUCUUGAGAUCCCUCGGCCCUGUAAAAAUGGCUAAAAUACAAGUUACCUGGUUUCUGUCUUAUUUUCCGACUCGAGCAGUAUCCUUUGACAAUCGAUGCAGUUUCGGUCGGGGUAACAUGAAGUGAUCAUUUUUGUACAUUCUUCAUUGUUUAUUGAGAUCAAUCUAAAUUAUUAUCUUUAGAAGCCUUUUCUGA